UAAAAAAAAACUAUUUUCACAGAGUGUAUCGCUAUCUACAAUUACCUACUCUUAAAAAGUUCUCUUUAGCAUCCGUUGUUUGCUCGCGCCAUAUAUAAAAAAAAUGGCGAUUUAAUUUGUUAUUAUUUACCGUAUCAGAAUUAUUUUUAUUAUCCGCACCUGUGGAUAUAAGAAGAUCUUAACUCUAAUUUGAGGUGUUAAUUCUAUUUAAUUCUAUUUAAUGUACAAUUUUUCAAUUGUGCCAUGUAUACGGUCAGUACUAUUGUUCAAGAUUCUACAAACCUCUCUGUUUUGCCAAAGCGAGAACAAAUUUGCACAGCAAUAGAUAAAAACACUGGGGAAACUUGUGGCGAAACGGAAAGCUUACAGAUUCUUGAUGAGUUUCGUAAAUUAUAUGAAGCUCGUAUCGAAAAGGUCGAUUCAGAAUCGGCAAAUGAAUUCGACCGUGUAUCAAUGAAAAUGAAAAUAAUGACAGAAUGGAUUAAGGAUUUAGGUGAACAGAAUAUUAUGUUAGUUAAUACUGUACAAGACCUGGAACAAACUGCUAGUGACAGAGUUAAAAUAUUAGAAGAAAAAUUAAAACAGUCAUCUAAAGUUGUUUCAGAUAAAAUUUUAUUAUCGAAUCAUUCAGAGGAGAGGUUAAGUGUACUCUCAAAUCGUAUAAGAGAACUAGAAAAUGAUGAAAAGAGUUUUCGUCAAAAAAUAGAAUUUUUGUGGGUUGAUAUUAAAGGAUUAUUAGAAUUACUUAAGAGAGCUCAAACGGAUAAUCGCUGGAAUCUUGAUGGCAUAACAUUCUAUAAUAUUAAUCCAAGUGAUAUUCCUACUCCUCUGGAUGUAUGUGCCCAGGUAAAUACAAGUAUUAAUAUAGAUGACACUAUAAAUUCAAAGCAGGUAUCAGAAAUGGAAGACAAGGAAGCUCAUAUGUGUCAAAUUAAAUUUGAAGAAAAAAGUGCUGAACUUCAUAAAAACUUAGCAAAGGAAGAAACUGUAAAAACAUAUGUUUCUGAUGUUCAGAGUUUUAGUAAUGAACUUGUACAAAAAUCUCAGCAAGCAAAUCAUUUCUGUUUUGGGUCAUCACCUCCCACGAAUUCUGAUAAUACAAUCUUAGUUGCUGACAUAAUGGAAAAUAAAUAUAUUGAUAAUGGUCUAGAAGUUAAAAAACUUCAAGAGCAUUUACAAGAUACUGAAUCAGAUAUAACAAAUAUAACAUAUUUGCAACUUCAGUUAAAAAAGAAAGAUAAAGUGAUUGAGGAAAUAAAAUGUCAAAUGAAUUGUUUGAAAAAGGAAUCUAUGGAAACAUAUGAAGCAUUAAACAUAGAAAUUACAAAAAAGCACGAUUUAAUAAUGUUUUUGAGCCAAGAAAUCACAAAAUUAGAAGAACAAUAUCGUUAUGCUAAUAUGCAAAUUCAUUUUAAGGAUGAUAUUAUAAAAAAAAUGAGAAAGAAACAAAUUGAAUUAAAGAAUAUUUACUCUUCACUGAAAGAUCAAAUUGAUGCUGAUGCUUAUCUAAUGGAUACAGAACCUUUAAGUAAUUCAACUAAUUCUUAUCAGAAAAUAUUUAUGUGUUUUUCCAAAACAAACUUAUUAUUACAAAAAGAGGAAGAAAAGCUUGAUGAUUUGAAAACAGAGCUACAAAAAAUCGUACGACAUUUAAAACAGAAAAAUGUUGAGCCAUGUGAACAUAAUUUUACGACUGCUUAUAAGAACAUACAAAACAUUAAAACGAUCCUAAACAUUUCUAAAACUUCGACAGAUGAUAGAUCACAAACUGAAGAAAAUGUACAACCUUUUAUACUAAACAUUGAAGCUCAAUUAAAUAGCGUGUACGAUGCAUUGCAAAAUGAAAAGCUUAGGCAUGAUACAGAUAAAAGUAUGGAUACAUGGAUACAUGAUACAACAGAGAAGUUAAUAAAGAAUAUUGAAAAUAUUUUCAGAAUAUGUAAAGAAAAAAAAAAAGCGAUUGAGUUUAUGGAAUAUACUACCGCUAAACGAAAUGAGAUGCAAAAUAGAAUGAAUAAUUAUGUUACAGAAAUGUCAAAGGAUGUUACAUCAAAUCCAAUUACUGCACAACAAUUUAAAUUAAUGGAGGAAUUUCGUGUAUGCACUGUUGAGGCUCAAGCAGCAACUGAAGAUAUUCGUGAAGAAAUUAGUACUAUUCUUUCUUCAUUUGCUGCCCAACAUCAAAAAUACACUGAACUAAACAAAAUGGUCAAAGAUACUCAAGAACAUUUACUACGAUUGCGAGAAACAGUAAUACAAGCAAUUAAUACAUUAGAAUUACAAGAAAUAGAAAGGACAAGACAUAUUGAACGAAUUACAGCUGAAAAAGUGAAACUAAAAGAUAUAAAAAAUGAAUUUAUUCGUGCCCAAUCUGAAUUAUUUAAUUAUGUAAAUAAUAUGCAAGAAAAAAUCAAGGUAGGAAGGGAUCAAAAUCUACCUGAAUGUGUAGAAACAUACACAUGUAAUGAUUUAUUAAACUUUGUAGUUGACAAAAUCGAGCUUGUAGUUAACCAUGUUCAAGUGCAUCAAAAUCAGGAAUGUUUUUUUGCAACCAAUUCAGUAGAGUUAAAAGAGCAACUUUGUUGUACAACAUGUUCUUUCCAAGAUUUGCAGAAACACAUGAGUACAAUUUUAAUGCGUAACGAAAUGGAUGAAACAAUUCUUUGUGAAAAAGAAGAAAGAUUAGGUAGACUUGAAGCAGAAAUUGAUAAUGCACAUACAAAGAUGCAAGAUACUUUAGAAACUUUCUGGAAUACAAUAGAACAGGAUGAUUUUAUUGAUCAUUCAGCAGAUUUACAAAGCCAAAAUCAGACAAUCAAUGAAUUAUUAAAAGCAAAAGAAGAUAUACAUAAAUUAAGAAAGGAAUAUGAUGAUUAUAAACUUAAAACAUUACAGAAAAUAUGUCAAACAAAAUCUGAUGAUAAAAUAAAUCAAUGGAAGUGUCGCAUAAUAGACUUAGAAGAGCAGCUUCGCAUCUUACAACAUGAGACUAAAUGUAAACAAGAAGCCAACAACUUUCUAAAAAGUAGUAUUGAGUCUAUGGAGAAAGAAUUAUCUUCUGUACAAAUGAAAGCAGAAAAUUAUAGACGUUCCUAUUCUGUUGAUAGUAUAGAUUAUCAAAAAAAAAUUUUAGAAUUAGAAAAUAUAAUCAAAGUACAAAAGGAAGUAGAAUCAAAACUUAGAAAAAGUUUAGAUAACAAUGAAAUAGAGCUUCAGAAAUCAAGGAAACAUUUGGAACCUUUUCAUAUAGAAUGUACUCCAGAAGAAUUAUCUAUAUGUUGUGGAUAUCAAUUGAAACAAGAGAAUACAUCCCAGCUUGUUAAUAUAUUACAAGAAGCAGUACAAUCUACAAAAAGUGGACUUCAAAAUGUCGAAUGCGAACUUAAACUGUUGAUGUGUGAAGGAUCUUCUCAGUCUUGUACUUCAACAACUUUGGUAAUGACAAUUAUUGAUAAAUUAAGAAAAUAUGAAGGACAAUUAGAAAAAUGUUAUGGAGACAUUGAAAAUCUUAGAAAUACAUUAUGUUCUAAAGAUAAACUUUUAGAAAAUAUGAACCAAGUAGUUAUGAUCCAAAAUGAUUCUAUAGCAGUCACGCAAAAUGAGCUGAAGAGUCUCUAUAAAAAACAGCAAGAAAAGAUAAACAUGCAGGAUUGUAUUAUAGCUCAAUGUGAGAAGGAAAAAAAAGAGUUAUCCAAACAGAAUGAACUUCAAGCACAAACAAUUGGACAUUUGCAAAAUGCUGUGGUUGAAGCCAAAAGAUGCUUAGAUAGUAUGGGACAUAAAGCACUUUUUGUUAAAGGUGAAACUAUUCAAUUGUUAACAAUGUUUAUUGACGAAACUCAGAAUCAAUAUAGCGACUGUUUUACAGAAGCUGCUGCACAAGAAAAAUUGUUGGAAUUGCAACGAGAUGCCAUAGACACUUUGCAAUCGAAAAUUGAGUACAUGAUUAAUGAUAAAUAUUUAGUAGUUACUUCCUUACAUACUACAUAUUGUUCCAUAUUAAGCAUAAUACAGGAUCAACUGAAGCUUUGUACAAAUGAUUUUCAAGCAUUAAUAUACAAGAUAAAUACUUUAAUGCAAACAAAUAUUCUUUUGGGAAAUAAGUACAUUACUACAAAAAAAUUAUGGAAAGAAACAAAUCAAGAAUUGCAAGAAUUAAAAAAUAUGUCAUCCAAGGACAAAAAACAAACAAAAAUGUAUGAAACUAAAUCUUGUCAAUGUAAAAUAGACAUUGAGCAUAAGAGUUGUAUGACACAGAAUCUUACAUUAGAACAAACUUCAGAAGAUUCUUCAAUAUUAGAUAAGCAAGAACAUAUACAAGAUCCACUUCAAAAUUAUGAAUCACAAGCUCAGACUGAAAUUAUAAUUAGAGAAAAUCAAAAUUUAAAGAAACAACUACAAAAAUACAUAUCAGAUUUAGUUAUACUUAAAAAUGAAUUGAAAAUAAAAGAUCAAGAAAUAAAAGAUCUUGAAUGCUGUUUAAAAUAUGAAAAUCAAAAUCUAAAGAUAAGUUUAGAGAAACAAACGAAAGAAUUUGAAGACUUAAUAAUAGAAUUAAAUAUUGCUAAACAAAAAGAGAUUAAUUUAAAAAAAUAUGUAAUUGAUUUGGAAGAAAAACAAGAGGAGAUACAAAAUCUAAAACAGCAAAUUGAUUGUAACAAAUCUGUAAUAAGAGAACAAGCUCAAACCAUAGACCAUUUACAAGGAAAAUUAUGUACAUCUGAACAACAAAUUAGACAAUACAUAUCUGAAUCUACAAAUUUUAAAGAAAGAUUUUUAUCGAUAAAAGUAUUACUCAAAGAGAAAUCAGAUAGUAUGGCAAAAUUACAAGCAGAUUAUGAAGUAUUAAAAAAUGAAAAUACAAUUCUAAAAACAGAAAACAUUGCAUUAGAAACUAAAACAAAAGAAGAUCAUUAUUUACUACGAAAGAAGUUAAAAGAAACUCAAACAGAAUUAUCUUUUAUAAAAGACAGUUAUUACAAAACAGCUGAAGAUUAUGAUAAAACUCAAGAAAACUUGAUCCAAUCUGUAAGACGAGAAGCGGAAUUACAAGAAUCAUUAACAAUUGCAGAGAAAGAAUAUUGCUCAAAGCUUGCAAAUUUUGAAUCAAAAAUUGUUAGAUUGGAAAAUUUAAUAUGUGAACUUGAUGAAGAAUCAAAGGAUACUAAGAAAAAAUUAUCUUCAAAAAACACUGAGCUUUGUCAAACACAAAAUAUGUGUAAAUCAUUUUCCAAUCAAUUGAAAACUGCACAGCAAGAUCUGUAUGAACUUCAAGAAAAAUAUCUAAAAAUGGACAAUUCCAACUGUUACUUAACCCAACAAUUACAAGAAUGUAUAGAUGAAAACUGUACUCUUUUGCAACAGAAAACUUCACUUGAACAAGACAACUACAAGUUCGCGAAUCAAUUACAUAACAUGCACCAAUCUUUGAUGGAAUUGAAAAAAGAAUGUCAAUCAAAAGAUAAGUCUUUGGCAUGUGUAUCAGCAGAAUUAACUGAAACAGUAGUAAACAGGUCAGAACUUUGCAAUGAAUCCCAAUAUAUGGUCUCAUGUAUUCGUACAUUGAUGGCAGAACAAAGAAAGCUUGUUGAAACUCUUGUUUUAAAGUUACAAAUUAAACAACAGCAAUUAACAAUAUUUAAACAACAAUUUGGACAUGAAAAAAAAACUUUAUUAGUCAAAAUCAGAGAACUAAGAAGAGUGAACAAUAUAUUAGCACAAAGAUUAAAAAGAGUACAUAGAACAACAAUUGGAAAAAAUACUAAAAGUGCUGGAUAUUCAUAUUUGACACAAAACUUAGGUAAAUCCUCGAUAUACCCGAUUAAAUCUGUACGUCGCACUUCAGUGUGCGGCAAUUCUUGGUGGUUUCCUAAGAUGGAAUAUAUAACAAAUCAAUUGAGAAAAAAUAAUCAAUGGUGGCACACAAACAUAGCUAAUAAAUCAAAGAAUAAUAGUGGAGUAGAUGAAAAUCGAGAUUGUGGUUAUCAAUCAUCUGCAAGCAAAUGACAAUGUAUAAUAAAAUCUGUCAUAGCAUAGUCGAAUCAAAUCGAUGUAUGAUAGAAUAAUAAGAUAGAAUAAUAAUCAAUAUUGUUUACCACUGAAA